GUAGUCUUAUUGUACUCUUCUCCAAGUGCGCCGAAAGGUGGCACACAGGUGUGCUGCGGCUGGAGGAAAGCUACCGCCAGCAUUUCGAGCUAAUGAUGAAACGUCAUCCCAUUGUCCAGCCCCGCAGCAGCCGCUGAGAUGAUCGAGGAGGUUUUCUAUCUGGUGUUCCUGCUCGGGCACAUAGCCUUCGGAGCGUUGUACCUCCACAAGGUUCACGUUUCCCAAAGGCGGAUAGUCUGCACGGUCAUCGGUCUCAACACGAGCUUGAUCCUCUCUCGAUGGGAUCUACUUCAUCAAUUCGCCUUGACGUUUCUCGUCAUCGCUGUGCUCUACAUCUAUCGAAGAUCAAGAGCCUUCAACCUGUGCUAUGCUUUAAACGCCGUCGCCUUCGGUUACCUUCUUUUCUUCCGCUUCGUCUCCACCAACAACUUCAGCAGAAUGAUUAUGAUGAUGUUGGUACUCCGAAUGGGCGGCUUGGGCUCCGAGAUCGAAGAAUCCGAGCAACUGGAGAUCGACAACCUACACGAAGCUCCUCUCAUCGACAUAUUUUACUACGCGUUCUCCUACAUGGGCCUGCUGGCGGGCCCAUAUAUUCGAUAUCGCACUUUCCGCGACUUCAUGGACGGAAUUUGUCUGACCACAUUCAGUCAGCGACGCCACUUUCUCGAAGAGAAACUCACUUCCAUGCCGCUCUUCCUCACCUUUUUCCUCGUCGCCAAUGUUCUCGCACCGUUAGAAGCGGCGAAAACUCAAGAAUUUCAUGAUGAGUCCGGAUUCCUCUACACCUUAUGGUACAUGGUCGUGAUGUUCAUGGGUUUCCGCGGACGUUUGUACACCGGCUUUGUUCUUGCCGAAUGUGGCUGCAUCGCAGCCGGAAUUGGAGCUUAUCCGCACGAAUGGGAGAACAAGAGCGGGCAGGGGCCUACGAAGAGAAAGAAGGCCAUGUACCCCAACCACAUCGAUUUCAAUACCGUACAGAAUCUCGAUUUCCGGGAGUGUGAAACCGCACCGACUGUCAAGGAAACGGUGCGAGCCUGGAAUCAAACGGUGCAGUAUUGGUUGGCAGUGAACUGCUACAAGAAAUUGCCGGCUCCGCGAUGGAUUCGAAUGGUCGUCACCAUGAUGGUCAGCGCCUUCUGGCAUGGGAUUCGUCCCGGGUACUACGUAUGUCUCAUCUCGACAGUACUCUACGCAUCUGCGGAGAGUCAUCUCCUGGAGUAUUUUUCUAAAAACCCUCUCUUCCCGAUGCCGACCACCACGCUCGGCAAGAUCGCAUUCGCUCAAUUGAAAUUCCUCGCUUUCGCGUACAUGGGCGUCGCUUUCAUGAUGAUUUCGAUGCCGGAAAUCGUCAGGUUUUACGCCAACCUGUAUUUUUUCGGAUACGUAAUUCCGGUGGCAAUUUUGAUCUAUUUUAGAUGCUUCGCCAAUCUUGCAGAAUCUCGAGAAAUCAAGCGGACGUGAACUCAAAUAAUCCAAAACGGACUUGGGGACGAAAUGAAAGAAUGGUUCCAUUAAGAA